UGGGAUUCCGCAGCUCAACGAGCUACACAUGUCGUCAAUUCCCCAUUCCUAGUAAACCUUGGAAGUCAAACAUCGAAAUCAUUGUCGGCGGGAGUAACAUCGAUCGAUCUCAAACGGUCGGAACCAACAGACAGCUUCGGCCUCCACAUGAUACUACUGCGUAAGUGUCCAGCAUAAAGCGGAUUCACGUCAUCCGCUGGGUGUACCGCGGAAUUCACCCUGCAUGAACCAACCAGCCAUGUCGCGGCCGGGCAACAAUUACAACAAUGCAUAUCGCUCCGCCUCCAAUCCCACAUCAUCACCCCCCGGCGCAUCCGUGAACAGCGACAAUCCCGCUCGUUUGGCAUCUCCGCCAGCCAACCUUCGUCCGCGCACACCUGCGUCGACGACACCUGGCCAAGUAGCAGGCGCCAGUCCAGGUCCGACAUUCUCCCCUGCUGCUGGAUCAGCAGGCAUGUCUCGCGCCGAGCGCUUCGACAAUGAACGGCAGCGCAUCAUCGACUCAUGCUUUUCCAAGCUUGAUGAGAAAGGUCAAUUAGUCGAGAGCUACAUCACGCACAUUCGUAUCCAGGAAGAUGCUCUACACCCAUCGUCGCCGCCGCCGCCGGACAGUCCGGCGGAAAAUCGCAAACCUCGACUUAUCAUAAUCUCUGUGCGAUCGACUGGGAGAGUCAUGAUGCAUAAGGCGCGUGAAAAUGCCAACGGAAGCUUCAGCAUAGGCAAGACGUGGAACAUGGAGGAGUUGACGGCCAUUGAGACCUAUGCCAAUUGCCCGACGCCUGCGCAAACCGAGAAAGAAGCGCAGCAUCGAAAAUGGGCUGGGAGUGAAGGUUUCACGGUGACCAUUACGAAACCAUACUUUUGGCAGGCAGGCACUGGCAGGGAAAAGGACUUCUUCAUUGCAAGUGCUGUGAAAAUCUACAGGAAAUACACAAAUGGACGGCUUCCGGAGCUGAAAGGAUUUGAUGAACAGGAGAGAGCCUUGGUUCUCGGUCUGGGCCAGCCGGCAGGGUCUGGGGGUCCACCGCAAGGUGGAAAUAUGUCGCAAGGGCCACCUCCAGGUAACCGACCCCCAGGUCCUGCCGCGAGGGCGCCAGCGCCUAUCCCAUCACCGUCCCAGCCGCCAUUUGCACCACGGGAACCGAAUCGUGAUGGCAGCAGCUACCGUUCAAGCCCAAGCCUGCCUGGAAGCGGGCCACCAUCGAGAUUCGCGUCACCUCAACCUCAGCAGAUGCCUGGCCCGCCAAAUGGUCGGCCUCCACCAAUUCGCGAUCCAGCGGGCCGCAUGAGGAGCCAGGAUAGCUUGCAGGCACACGCGCAGCUUCGCAAUGGUCCUCCAGGACCGCGUGGGCCACCAGACCCACGAGACAUGGCCGCGGGCCCACAAUCGAGGCCUCCUCCCCGAAGACCCGAUGGUCAAGCAAUUUCGCCACCUCCUCGGCGAGACGGGAUGGCACAAGUCCCUCCUCUGAUGCCUCCAAGCCCGCUCCGCCAAAAGGAUCCACGAUUUAGAGGCGACAAUGGCCCGCCCGAUCGAUCAAACGACCAGACGUUCAUCGCGAAUGGAAUGGCGGCAGGGAAUGGUACUCAGGCUGCACAGGCGGCUCGAGAGAGGCGCAUGCACGGAUCGCAAUCAAACAGUACUAACGCAUCAACGAUCGACUUGGCACCUUUGGAGCCAACCACCUCGCGGACCGGUACUAUCAACAGCAUGUCGGAUGCCGGGCUUCGCACGGCCGCUAGCGAGUCAUCCAUUGGUCUUGGAGACGGCGAGCGAAAUGGCAGCUUGCACUCGUAUCAAGAAAGUGAGGCCUCGGUGACCAAGUCAAGACCAGUGCCGAUCGAUUCGGCUCCACCACUGACGCCCGAGCGAUCAAAGAGGCGGCCUCCCUCUGAUCGGAAUGGCUCUGUAGAUCUACGUCCAGCGCCGCUGACGCAGGCACGGAAGGUCACCGAAGAGCCCACUGAUGUAAAUUCCGAAAAGCCACUGUCGCCACCAGCAGCUCGCAGUGAGCCGAAAGAGGCUAUGGAACAAGCAGCCGCAGGUAGUAUACGACCUCUGAAUGUGCAAAGUAAAACGGAACCACCACAGCAGAAGAAAGCGGAGAGCCUCAGUCCAUCUACAGCCAGUGUUGCUACAGAUGCUACAGCAGCUACCAGAGUCGCAACGCCGCCCGCUGGCCCCGAAGCGGAGUCGCCCGCAAAACCGGAUUAUGAGGAACAGUUCCGCCCAGGACUAGGCCCGAUGAUUCGAAAGCAAAUGGUCGCUGAUCGAUUCAAGAAAGCUGCAAGCGCUGCCAGCGCCUUCAAGCCGAGAGCGGGUGGUGCUGCUGAGAAAAUUCUUAAGCAGAAGGCAGAGCGAGAUGGAGAACCCGAUGGCAUCACUGGGGUGGUUCCGCGACCGAUGCCUCGCCAGGAGCCGAAGCCUGAAUCGCCGGCAGCAGUCGCACCACCUGUGAAAGAGGUUGUGCCGGAGCCCCCACCAGUCCUUGAUGUAACGCCUGUCACGACGCCGAACGAGCCUGCAACUGCAGCUGCUCCAAGGACUAUCGAAUUCGCAGAAGAUCCUCAGCGGCUUCAGCCUCCCACGCCGCAGCACGAAGAAGUACCUGAAGCCGCCAAUGCAGCAGAAGAGAAGAUUGAGCAAAGACAACUUCGACAGGCACAGCUCAAAGUCAAGCGAAGAAGCGCUUAUCAGGAGAAGAAUCUUGCAGCGCUGGAAAUUGACAGCAAGCUCCUAGACGGCCAGGGAAUCGACUUCGAAGUUAUGCUUUCUGAUUUCGGCUGGACUACGAAUAUCCUUCGACCACAGCAGCUCAUCGAUCUUGAACGUGAUAUCCGACGAGAGCUCGGACGCGUUGAAGCUGGAUCAUGGCUGUCCCAAGCGGAUUCGGCCAGGGAAGAACGCGUAACCCAUGUCGAGAACCUCCUUGACAAAGCCAUCGAAGAAUGUGACGAGCUCGAGGGUCUUUUGACGUUGUACAGUGUGGAAUUGAGUUCGCUCAACGACGACAUUGCUUUCAUCGAAGCGCAAUCUCAAGGUCUGCAAGUGCAAUCUGCUAACCAGAAAUUGCUGCAGUCAGAAUUGCAGAGCUUGGUAGAUACCAUGUCACUAGAUCGUCGUACUCUGGACCCCUUGCAGCACCUCCCUCUGUCGGACGUCACUAUGCUUGAGAAGAUUGAAUAUUGUGUCACCAGGCUGUACCAGGCCAUGCUGACCAUUGAUCCUACCCUGCAUUCAAACGCGACUGCUCGACCCGGAUCACGAAGUACGUUUGGCGACAAUGAAACCUCGAACAUGGUCGCCCUGCGGGAAAAGAAGGGAAUUUACGAAAGAGAGUGCGCAAAGUUCAGUCAAAGAUUACUCGACUGUCUCGAAGCCAAAUUCGCUGCCUCGUUCAAUGCGGCGAAACCACGUCUGAUGCGAGCACCGUCCCGAGCUGGCUCGGCCAGACUAGACGAGAAUGCAUUCACCGACGCACGAGCCGGACUGUGGACGUAUAGUCCACUUAUCCUGUUCAUGAAGGAGAUCAACCAGCCUAUAUGGUUGAGAUCCUUGCAAGCAUACCAAAGCCGGGCAAAACCACUUUACAGCGAGUCUUUCCGCGAAAACAUCUCGGACUGGAAACGUGCGGCUCGUGCUCCAAGCGGUGAUGAGACGGAAAUUCUGUUCACACAUCAAGAAAAGGAAGAUCUUCCCACAGGUGGUGGAAUUACAUCUACGGCCAAACGUAUCACAGUGAAGCGCUCUCACACACUUGCCAAGACUUUCCGCGGUGCUACUGGUGAUAAAAAUGCGCCGGCAAUAGAUCGACAGCCUGGCGCAAUCAUCCGCGCUGCCGCCUUUGCAGGUGCCAUUGAUGAGAUGGCGCCUCUGAUCAGCAAAGAACAAAACUUCCUCGUCGACCUUUUCCAUGCCACGUCCCUAGAGAACGGUGAUUUUACCGAUGCCGUGCGGGCGGCACUCCCAACCCAACGUCAUGGCACGAAUCUACUCGAGCGCAAACCUACCGAUCCGGAUCGCGUCAUGGCGGACACCGUCACUGGGACAAUCAACGACAUCUACUCGCCUUUUGCCAACGAUCUCUCUUCCAUGCUCGACUGGGCCGUUUCCGAAGAUCCCUUGCAAGGGGUGGGUAUCAUGGCCAGCCUCAGCAAACAUACUUUCUACCUCCAAGAUUCUAGCCAAGAGUACCUCCUCAAACUAGUCGACAGUCUCUUCACCCGCCUUCAAUCCCGCUUCGGCAAGUUUGUCGAAGAACAAAUCCGCGCCAUCGAAGACACCAAAGUCAAAAUCAAAAAGCGCAAAGGUGUCAUCUCCUUCAUGAAGAUCUUCCCCCUUUUCUCCGCCGCAGUAGAAACCUGCUUCGCAACUAUCGCGGGUCGUGAUUAUGACGGUCCGCAUGAUUGCGUCGUCGAAGUCCGGAGAUUAGUCGAUGACGCCUACGAGCGCAUCAACCGCGCCAUGUUCGACAGUCUCAAAGCCAUCGCCAAACAGAACCCGACUGGUGCCGGUCUCGUGAUUGCUGCGGCUCCGGCUCCCAGCACAUCCAUGGCAUCAUCUGCGAUGCAGCAGGUCCGCGCCGCGGCCUUACCUGGUGAUGAUACCGAGGACAAGGAGAUGUUGAACUAUGAAGUCCUCAUGAUCGAGAAUAUGAACCACUACGCGGAGGAAGUGGACGAGGGCGCUCGAGAAGGCGUCUUAGCCAGCUGGAAAGCAAGAGCAUUGAUGGAGCGAGCCGAGGCACUGAAAGGUUACAUUGAACGUGUUGCGAAACGGCCCUUGGGAAAAAUAUUGGAUUUCCUCGAGUCCACCGAUUCCUUUCGCGAUGCAGGUGACACCAGCUUCACCUCGCGACCGUCCUACAACCGGAAAUCCUUCCGCCAUCUCCUCGCCUUCUACGAAGCCAAGGAAAUCCGUCGCGGAAUCGACACGCUACGUAAGCGGAUCGAGAAGCAUUUCGGCGACGGCGACGAAGAGGCUCUGGCGCGUGGUCUUAUUGCGUUGGUGAACAAGGAGUGUGAGAGAUUCUAUGGAUUCACGCUGGACCGGGUAGAGAAGUUGAUUAGGGAGUGUUAUCCACCCAUGGAUGGAGAGAAGAGCGUUGAGGUAGACUUUUCGAGGGCGGAUAUUCAGGCUGGGUUUAGGCGGUGAUCUGAGGGAAAGAAGUAUGCUGUUGUUGACGAAGAUUAUGAAGGAAUAUAUAGACAUGUACAAAUCCAACAAUGCUAUAUUCGCAUAAUAUCUGGUGUCGGC